GACGGCUUCUCUGACAAGCCGUACAUGCCGAGAGCUUAAAGUACGGCAGAGUAAACUUCACUUAUAAUGCCCACAUUUGUGUCGGGUCUUACGUUCUCGGCCUGUCUCUUAAUCACCUAUCAUAAGGUAAUUGAGACGAGGGCAAAGUUCAUCCGACUUCAAGUUCGUUAUAAUCAUAGAAUACCAUUGCGAACGCUAUCUAAGAGCCAUGAGUGCAUUCGGCAAUCCUGGUGGCUCCAGAGCCUAUGCCAAACCCACCCCUCCCCAACGCGGCAGUUUCCCUCUCGACCAUGACGGAGAAUGCAAACACAUAAUGAAGACAUACUUGGCUUGUAUGACAAAAGCCCAAAGCGUGAAUGAUUCUACUUGUCGUGGAUUGGCCAAGGCUUACCUUGCCUGCCGAAUGGACAGUAACUUGAUGGCCAAAGACGACUUUAAGAAUCUUGGGUUCUUGGAGGAAGAGAAGUUGCUGGUGCAGUCAACGAAAACCAGUGAACCACAGUGCUAGUCCGAAGGACAGCAGAGGACAGUAUCAGAUACAGCGUAGUUACAAUCGUCAUAAAGUAGGUCAAAAUUGAUAAAGGCAAUUGUGUGUAAUUGUAACUGUUCAGGACCGU